UGCAUACUUGUGACCAUGUGUAAUUGUAUUUAAUUUAAUUAAGACACGAAUGCUGUUCUAAAAAUAUAUCAAUAAAUUGACACGUAACCGGCAACCAAUCAGGUCAACCCACAUCAUUCUAUACAUUCAUAUACCACAUGUACUGCAUAUACCGGUUCCGGUGGGAUACAAGACAAGCCUUGUGUGAUGGCUUCUUAUUUGAUGACUCCUCUCAGCUUGUUGGUGGUAUCAGUAUCACUCUUCUUUAUUGUUGAGGUGGUAGACUGCAAAGGGCCAAUUAAAUACAAAACAGCUCUUAAUGGUACCUUUCUAGUGUGGAAAGAUGACAUUUGCUUCCGUAAUGAAACCUUUUUGUCUCGAUAUAUUGAUACUUCUCCUCCUCCUCAAUGCAACCUUCCACCUUUAAGUGAUGAGGGGUCUCUUUCUUCCAAGUUUAACGAAUCACAACAACUACAGCGUUCUAAUUCUCUCAGUUUCAUUAUAUUACCUCCAGACCUUCAGCUGGACCCGUUUGUAAUGUUAACAUAGACGUUAUUUGACAGACAUGAUUCAUUAUUAAUUAUUUCUCUUAUACCAAGAGUCCAUUAUAUACAAUGGACUUUUGCUUACACACAUACACAUGUAUCAGUGCACUUAACACUUUCCUUUAUGAUCAUGCAGGUUCAUAUUAUCAAAAAAUUUCAAAAAUAUAAUAUGCCAAUCUUUUCUUUUGUGCUGCAGUUAGUUGCAACUGUUCACAUGCCUUAAGCGUGCUAGCAGAUACUACCAUAUACUGUAUAGUGGGAUUUAUUGACAAAGGUUUUAUUUUGACGAGUUGACAAUUUAAAAUAAAACGUCAAAUUUAAUAACUGUCAAAAAUUUGUACUUUGUGCCACGUGUACACGAAGGGCACUAUUCGUUAAAUUAAAACUCGCCAACUGGGGAAAUUUACUGUUUUCGUCAAAUUUUUUACUCGUCAAUAAAUCCCGCUAUACGGUAUAGUCAAUGUACUACUUGGCUUUAUUUA